AUGUUUACAUUUCCGAAUACUGUUCGUUUGCGUCUCUCGUUACAACAUAUAUCUGAUUUAGCAUUAUUGAUGCAAUAUGAUACUUUACCGCGAAUAGAACAUCUUCAUAUUACAAUGGAAAAUGGAAUAUAUACUUCAUAUAAAUUACACAAUGAAUAUGAAGAUACAUCUUGUCUUACACUAUGUUCCAAAGAUUUCAAUAUAAGUCGAUCUAGUCUAACACAUUUACGUACAUUACAAUUGAGACAAGUAGCCAUUACUAAUGUUAUUGUAUUGAUACAACAUGUGAAAUCAAUGAGUCAAAUUGAAGCAUUAAUUUUAAUGAACUGUAAUGUUAAAGGUAUGUAUAGUUAA